CGGUCUGUGCGCCCUCGAUGCGCUUUGCGUCGUCAGAAGUUGCCUGAUCCACUGCAGACAAGCGAGCGGUGCACGACCAACAUCCACCCGCUCCCGUGAAUAGAGAGUAGGAGGACAUCCUUCACAAGCGGAUUUUACAGCCGAAAUGUCUUUGGGGUGGAGAUAAAUGCAUGAGACGCGCGCUAAAAGCCUGAAAUGUUGCCUGAAUAGCGAACGGGAAGCGACGGUGGACGACGCAGAUGUGAGGACGAAUCUCCUUGCGUGCCUUCAAAACCAUAUCUGCGCUCCACGUUGGAUAGACGGGGGGCGAGAGGAACCGAAGAAGAGGGCGAGAAAUGUUCAAAGUUCGGGCCGUGUCGUCUACAAGUGCAAGCUCGCAGAGCGCCGUCCCGUUACACCUGCAGAACAUGAGCAUGAAUUGAUCGAAGAAUGCAUGUCGUUUGGGAUUUAUGUGUGAUUUUGCAAACAUGUUUCAUCUCCUCCUCAUCAGCUCAGCCUAUUAUGUCCAAGCUUGAUGAGAGUUGGUGGGCGUAUAAGGACGUUGUCCAGGGAAGCUUUGUUCCAGUCCCAUCCUUCUGGGGUCUGGUGCACUCGGCCUGGAACCUGUGUGCCAUAGGUAAGAGGCAGUCACCCAUCGAUAUCGAGACCAGUCACAUGAUCUUUGACCCCUACCUGACCCCUCUGAGGCUCAACACAGGAGGGCGAAAGAUGGGAGGCACCAUGUACAACACAGGAAAGCACGUGUCCCUGCGGCCGGACAAAGCCCACCUAGUAAACAUCUCCGGUGGCCCGCUGGGUUACAGCUAUAGGCUGGAGGAGGUCCGCCUCCACUUUGGGAGUGAGGACUCUCAGGGUUCAGAGCACCUCCUGAAUGGACAAGGCUUUCCUGGAGAGGUCCAGCUGAUCCAUUAUAACCAGGAUCUAUAUGCCAACUACACUGAGGCAGCUAAGAGCCCUCAUGGCAUCGCAGUGGUCUCCAUCUUCAUAAAGCUCUCUGAAAACUCCAACUCCUUCCUCAACCGCAUGCUCAAUAGAGACACCAUCACCAGAAUCAACUACAGACAUGAUGCGUUCUUAUUGAUGGGCCUGAACAUAGCCGACCUUUAUCCUGACACCACACGUUACAUCACCUACGAGGGCUCCAUUACCAUCCCUCCGUGCUACGAGACAUCCACUUGGAUACUCAUCAACAAGCCUGUGUACGUGACACAGAUGCAGAUGCACUCCCUGCGCCUCCUCAGCCAGAAUGAGCCCUACAAGAUCUUCCUGAGCAUGAGUGACAACACCCGGCCCACCCAGCGGCUGUUGCAGCGCUGCAUCCGCACCAACAUCAACUUCAGCAAGCAGGGCCGCGACUGCCCCAACAACCGCGCCCUUCGCCCACAGUACAGAGUGAAUCAGUGGCUCCUGAAGUAGAAGUUGAAAGAUGUCAAGCUAUGGCACCACAGGAGGAGAUGCAGGAUUCAUUCAAGAUUCUUUCACACUGCCAAACCACACUUAGCUGAGCAGACCAGAGAGCAGCUGAGCCUGCUUAUUGGACAGACUGGAAUGGACAGUUAAACUGUACUUAUCUCAACAAAGAGCAAUUGACUGAACUGCAAACAAUCUUCUGUGCUGGCCUUCUACAUGUCUACACAACUUUUGUGGGCCGGUUCACUGAGGGUACAGACCAGAUGUGGGUAUGAAGAGUGACAUAGACCAUAAGGACACUAUUGUCUCCACUGUACUGUGCUUUUUUUUGUUGUAGUGUGAACUCACUAAGACUGGAGAUAUAAAGACUAUCAUUUUCUAUGGCUGGAUUUCAGAGGGAUGGAUCUUAGCUAAAGACUACAGUACUCUCUCUUCGGCUGUGAUCAUCACUUUCACAUUUAAAGCCUGCCAACAGAUUGCAGCUGUGAAAAUAAUCAUCCACUGACUGAAGGAAUUAUUAUUACAUUUCCAUUGAUGGUCUUAACCCCCAGUGUCAAGAAACACUAAGCUGUGUUAUGAUGAAAAGUAUAUUUUAAAAAAAUCUGCUGGUUCUUAUAUCAAACAGUAACUAAAGAAGGUAAUUUUCAAGAGAACGUGAAAAUGUGUGAAUUACAGGUGACAUAACCAAAGGGGGAAAAAUGGGGAGAGACUGUAAGCGUGACAUUUUACAGACCUGAACAGAUGGAGUCACUGGAGAUUGGAAAGGAAUAGGUCACUCAUUCUGCAUGAUUUUAUAAUAGUUCAUGUCUUCACGGAAUUUAAUUAAAAAGCGGUGACAGAACUGAGCUGCCUUCAGGUGCUUUGCACAUGGAGACUACAACUGAUAAAAAGUGUACCAGAGAUGCUGUUUAAAUGAAAGGCCUAACUCUACAGAGCCAAUCAUGACUGAUUCAACUUCACGCUAGAUGUCAAAUGUCCAGUCAUAGAAACCAUAACUAGGCACAGUCGGCCUGUCACACUUUGAAUCUAUCCAUACAUGGAGCUGCAGUCAGAGACAGUCUCAGAGUUUGGAGGGUGGUUUCUUUUUGUAUCAUCUGUUUUAGGGCCUUUAUAUGGCUUUGAGGGAUGACAGCAAAUGUGAUGAGAGAGAGGGGGAAGACAAGCAGCAGAGGCCCACAGCUCAAAUCCUGGGUCACUGCAGCAAGGACACAGCCUCUGUGCAUGUGGCGCACACUCUAUCAACUGAGCAUAUUGGCACAGGAGAUGUCUUUUGAACACCUUGACAAAAAUAGAAGGGCACAUUAAAAAAGUUGAAGGAAUGUCUGCUGCAAUUCUAAGCAUGGCUGGCUAUCUUGCAUAAAGGGGCAGUUCACCCUCAAAACAAAAUGACACUAAGUCCCCCUCUUACCAGUAUUACUAUAUAUCCAUGUACAUCUUUUUUGGUAUGAGUUGCUUAGUUUUGGAAAAAUCAGCUGUAAAGAUAUUUGCCUUUUAUUAGGUAUAAUAGAACAAGCUGGCACUCAGCUUGUGGUGCUCAAAGCAUCAAAAAAAUACAUUUGAAAACCAAAAAUAAUGACCCAGUUACUCAACAUAAUCCACAGACCUUGUUGUGAGAUGUUUCAUGAAGGAACUGUUUUUCUCCCUCCAGACUACAUCUGCAAACCAUGUCACCAUGCAGAAAGAAAGGUACAUCUACUCAUGAAUGACAGUGCAGGAUGUGAACACUAAUGGCAUCCUCCUUGGCUGCAUAGUCACAUUAGCUAGCUUAGUUAGCAGUUUAUUUUUUUUUACUUCAGAGUGAAGUGUCCCUUUAACAUUCUUCCAAAAGGAAGGGGCAUGUCAUAAGCCUACAUUAUUUAGUGCCAUUACAGACAAUGUAACCUGUUCAUGUUCUGUUCUCUGUGUGCACUGUGAGAAGCUAGCACCAAUUGCAGCAUUAAGUGAUAGGGCUUAGCAAAAGGUCAAUUGGACAUGAAACGAUGAGUCAGGUAAGGUGAAACUUAUGUUCAUGUCAUUUGGCAAAGUAUUAAAAGUUUAAUCAAAGGUCUCAUUUCAAAUUAGGAUUUCAGCCACUUGAACUGAUGUUGAUGAUUCAAACUACUUAUGUUGACAGAAAAUCACAUCAUUGUUCAUGUCUUCAUAAAGUCAGGAAUCACCUCUAAAUCAGCCACAUAUUUAAAUAUUUUUAUGUAGACAAAUCAAAAUCUACAGAGCUUGUGGAAAUGUGCAGAAUAAAAUUAUAUCUUUUCCUUAAAAGCAUGAUUAUGAUUAUGAUCCCAUUUGUGGGGUCCAAAAUGAUUGUCUGAGUAAGAAUUCUGAUGGUUGAUUCAAGCUUUUAACAAGGUUUGUCAGCCAGUAGAAUAACACCAUUUGUAUGUUUCAUCAACAUCAGCUGUCUUGGUAAUUGCCAGAUUGUGGGAAAAAAGGGAAAAAUGGCUGAUUUCUUCACUAUGCAAAGUACUGUACCCAUGUCCUGUACUGCCCUAAAGUGAGCAUGAUAGCAUUAGAUAUGGUAACAUUAGCUAGCAUUAACAAUGUUAACAAGUGCAACAAACUGGCAACCACACGGGUAGAUUUAGUGGCUGAAUGUUAACAGCUACAACUUUAAUUUAUAUCAGUGUCUCUGAAACUUUCAGCAUUCCCCGUAUUACUCACCAACAUGCUGCAUGUAUCCCUGAGGUCUCAGAAACGCACUGGACGCAGAUUUUUACAUAGUUUUUAAACCUGAAAUAUUUACAACUGCGUUUGUCUGCAUUGGUGCAUCAACACCAUCUGUAGAUCAGUGGAAUACAUUGAAAUCAUUGUUGUGAAUGUUUUUCAAGUCAUCCAUUCACUUGUGAGUAUUUGUGCACAUGACAAACAAAAUCAAGGCCCACUCAUAUAGAAACUGCUCUUUAUUGUUAUUGGUGGUCACGGACUCCACAGGGUACCUUCAACUAGCAGAUCGCAGGUAGCAACAGUUUUUCGUAGAUGACCUCCAGUCCACAGUUGGCAUGUGGAACUUCUGUGUUUAACAGGAAGCUGGUUGUUCAGUUUAGCAGAUUUUUAACUAACACUGAACACUGUUAUCACCGUUAGCAGAGCGAAGAGAGCCACUGACACAAGGCCCUGGAGAACAUUCAUAACAAAAAUUGACCUAAGUCCUUUACAGAGAAAUCCAGAAUCCAGCAGCAUUAAAGUACUUCAACACAAUGUUCACAAGCUUGUAUAGGCAUCUGAAAAGAUGGGGAAGGUUGCAUCUUACAAAUUACAACCUGCUCACAUACAGCCAAUAAAAGUGAUUAAUGCAUGUAUAUUGCUAUAAGCUGUUACAUGGAACCCCUUAAAUGUUGUAAAAUGGGUGACCUACAGUGAGCAUAUUAUGGAUGUAAAUCAUUGACUAACACUAACACAACACUGGUCAUUAGCUUGAUGACUGAUUUUCAGUUUGAUGCGAUAUUUUGUGUCAUGAAAGGAACAAAGCUGGGUCUUUGUCCAUGUUUUUUGUUUGUUCAUUAAAAUGCUACUGUAAUAGAUGGUACUGUCAUUUUGGUGGAGAUCAGUUGGAUCACACGUAGCACAGCAGAGAAAUGCACAAACUAAACUGAUCACUCUGAAUGACCAUCAUGUGUUUUGGGGUUGCCUGAAUAAAACUUAUGCUACACUUUGAGUGGUACUGUAAAUAUGAAUGUGGUUUUGGUUGGAUUAACGUGGACAUUCAUACCUUUUUUGAUGAAAAUAA